AUGCGCGCCAUUCUUGGCUGUUCGUUGCGUGCAGCAGUUAGCGAGGGACGAAGGUGUGCUCAAUUCAGCAAUGCAUCAGGAGUAUUAUUGAAUGAUCUAUACAUUGAUGAUAUCAUAACGGGAGUCGAUUGCGAAAAUCAAGCGGUAGAGCUAGUUGCACAGCUUGAGGCAUUGCUGAAUAAGGGAGGAUUUAGGCCUCACAAAUGGCGUACAAAUAGCGAAAAAUUACUACGAGACUUGCGAGCGAACAAUCGAGCGGAGGAGUCGUCAGCGCUAGCGAUCGAGUCGGGCACUAUAAAGACGUUAGGAUUAAAUUGGUGUCCGAAGGCGGACAUGUUUCAAUUUUCAAUGGAUUUUGUGAAGAGUCCCGUUUCAACUAAGCGUGAGGUUCUCUCAACGAUUUCAAGAUUGUUUGAUCCGCUUGGGAUGGUCGGUCCUAUAUUGACUCGAGCAAAACUAAUUAUGCAGGAAACGUGGGUGUCGGAUUUGGACUGGGACGAACCAUUGACAGACAAUCUUCGUAAGGCAUGGGAUGCGUAUGUGGAGGAUGUGCGUGGGGUCGGUUCGAUCCGCGUACCGCGCAGAGUCAUUCAAUGCCCCAAUGCGAUGCGCUUCUGUUUACAUGCAUUUUGCGACGCGUCAAUGAAAGCUUAUGGAGCUUGCAUUUACUUGCAGUCGAGCGAUGGCAACGGUGGAUCGAGUUCCCUUUUGUUAUGUUCAAAAUCGCGUGUGGCACCGGUCAAAAGUAAGACCAUUACAUUGCCGAGGCUCGAAUUGUGUGGCGCUGUUGUCCUGGUUAGAUUGCUUCAGGGUGUGAAACGAGCCAUCAAGAUCAAGCUCGACGAAGUGCAUGCAUGGAGCGACUCUACGAUAGCUCUUGCGUGGAUCGCCGGCGAUCCGUCGCGUCAAAAAAACAUUCGUUUCCAAUCGAACAGCCGAAAUACAGUCGGUUCUUCGGCCCGAGGUCCGAAUUGGCUGUCGCGUUUUGCGGAUUGUAAACGGCGAGAAGCACAGUCGCUAAGUCUUACCAAGGAGGAUGAAGAAUUUAUCCAGUCGGAACAGAAGUCGGUUAAUCGAGUUUUCGUGAGCACCGGCGAUGAAACUUCCGUCAUAGAUUCCUUGCUAAGAGGUCACUCUUCCUUAUCUAAGGUCGAACGAGUCUUGGCAUGGAUAGUCAGAUUCGGACGCAACGCGCGAUUGAAGCAUGAUAAACCAAUACAUCUCGAGGCGGUCAGCGAUCUUAGUUCGGCGUCCUUUGUAGCCGCUUUGAGACGUUUCGCCGGACGUCGGGGUUACCCUCAGCGGAUCUAUUGUGAUAACGCAACAAAUUUCGUCGGGGCGAAAGGCGAGCUUACCGAGAUGUAUCAGUUAGUCGAAAAGGAAAAUCGUGAAAUAAUGGAUGAAUUUUGCAUUCCGAAUAAUGUGGAUUGGAAUUUAUUCCUCCGUCAUCUCCUCACAUGGGAGGACUAUGGGAGGCCGGCGUGA